AUGCAGGAUUCUGAGCCCAGUGUGUUUCAGCUACAGCCCAACAUCAUCUCAGUACGGCUCUUCAAAAGAAAAAUCGGUGGGCUGGGCUUUCUGGUCAAGCAACGGGUGUGCAAACCACCCGUCAUUGUAUCUGACCUCAUACGGGGAGGAGCCGCAGAGGAAUGCGGGUUGGUCCAGGUUGGCGACAUCAUCCUGGCCGUGAACAACAAACCGCUGGUGGACCUGAGCUACGAACGGGCGCUUGAGACCCUAAAGAACGUGUCGCCUGAAAGUUACGCUGUCCUGAUACUCCGUGGACCCGAGGGCUUCACCACUCACCUGGAGACCACGCUUAGCGGAGAUGGCAAACCCAGAACGGUACGCAUCACCAGGCCGGUCAACCCAGCUUCGAGCAAGGCAUGUGAGCGAUGCUCGCCCCUCACACCCAACAUGACCAAAGAGCUAAGGGCUAUAGAGAACCUGUCCUCUACUUCCACGCCUAGGAAGGAACCCAGGGAGAACAAACCUCUGAUUCCUCUGCUCGCCCAGGAGUCUCUGCUUCGAGAAGGAGGCCAUUCGCUCCUUAACGGGGUGGAGGAGAACAACGACCUGCUGAAGGAGAUUGAGCCAGUGCUGAAACUGAUCAAGAAUAGCAAAAAAGACAUCAAUGGAGAAGGGCAUAGAGUUGUGGAGAGGAAGGAUGCAGAGGUGCAAGUGGAGAGAGACCUUGGUGUGGGAAAUGGACAGAAUGACCAGCUGGCGUCGGAUAACGACAGAGUGUUUGAUGACCUCUGGAGAAAGGAUAACAUGCCUACGGUGCUUAACAACCCUUACUCUGAGAGUGACAAGCCGAUAUCCCAAGAACAAGUUUCCCCCACAAAGACUGUACAGAAUGGAAGUCCAUCCAAAUGUCCAAGAUUCAUGAAGGUGAAGAACUGGGAGACUGGAACACUGUACAAUGAUACUCUACAUCACAGCUCUGGCCAGGUGCCUAUCUGCACUGAGAGUGUUUGUAUCGGGUCAGUUAUGGUGCCAAACCAGCACAGUCGCAAGCCAGAUGAAGUACGGACGAAAGAGGAACUUCUACCACUGGCUACAGAUUUCAUCGACCAGUACUACACAUCGAUCAAAAGAUGUGGCUCCAAGGCCCAUGUUGACAGACUGGAGGAGGUCAAAAAAGAGAUCGAAACGUCUGGAACAUAUCAACUGAAGGACACCGAGCUAAUCUAUGGGGCUAAACAUGCAUGGAGAAAUGCAGCUCGCUGUGUGGGACGGAUCCAAUGGUCUAAACUACAGGUGUUUGACGCUCGAGACUGCACGACGGCUCAUGGAAUGUUUAAUUACAUCUGCAACCACAUCAAAUACGCCACCAACAAAGGAAACCUCAGAUCGGCUAUUACCAUCUUCCCCCAGCGGACAGACGGAAAGCAUGACUUCCGUGUGUGGAACAGCCAGUUAAUCCGGUAUGCAGGCUACAAGCAGCCUGAUGGAUCAAUACUUGGAGAUCCGUCUUCUAUGGAGCUUACUGAGAUCUGUAUGCAGCAAGGAUGGAAAGCUCCCAAAGGCCGUUUUGAUGUUUUGCCCCUUCUUCUCCAAGCCAAUGGGAACGAUCCUGAACUUUUUGAGAUUCCAGAUGAUCUUGUACUUGAGGUUCCCAUUACACAUCCAAAGUUUGAAUGGUUCAAGGAUCUGAAUCUAAAGUGGUAUGGCCUUCCUGCCGUGUCCAACAUGCUGCUUGAGAUCGGGGGGCUGGAGUUCACCGCCUGCCCCUUCAGCGGCUGGUACAUGGGGACCGAGAUCGGUGUCAGAGACUUCUGCGACAGCUCUCGAUACAACAUUCUUGAGGAAGUAGCCACAUCAAUGGGGCUGGACACGAGGAAGACUUCGUCCUUGUGGAAGGACCAGGCCCUGGUGGAGAUCAACAUCGCUGUUCUUUACAGCUUUCAGAUGUCAAAGGUUACCAUCGUAGAUCAUCACUCAGCCACUGAGUCCUUCAUGAAACACAUGGAGAAUGAGUACAGGGUGAGAGGUGGUUGCCCGGGCGACUGGGUGUGGAUAGUACCACCCAUGUCUGGCAGCAUCACACCAGUUUUCCACCAGGAAAUGCUCAACUAUCGCCUGACGCCUUCCUUUGAGUAUCAGCCUGACCCAUGGAACACUCACGUGUGGAAAGGGGUGAAUGGAACACCCACAAAGAAAAGAGCGAUUGGCUUCAAGAAACUUGCCAAAGCUGUGAAAUUUUCAGCCAAACUCAUGGGGCAGGCCAUGGCCAAGAGAGUGAAAGCAACCAUCCUUUUCGCCACAGAAACGGGGAAAUCACAGGACUACGCAAAAACGCUCUGUGAGAUUUUCAAGCAUGCGUUUGAUGCCAAGGUAAUCUCAAUGGAUGAAUACGAUACAGUUGACUUGGAGCACGAGACACUUGUGUUAGUGGUGACCAGUACGUUCGGCAAUGGGGAUCCUCCUGAAAAUGGAGAGAAAUUCGGUGCGGCACUGAUGGAGAUGAGACAUCCCACCACCAGCGUGGAGGACAGAAAGACAUACAAAGUGCGUUUUAACAGCGUCUCUUCAUACUCUGAUACCCGCAAGUCCUCCAGCGAUGAGCCAGAAUCUAAAGCCAACUUCGAGAGCACUGGACCACUCGCCAAUGUCAGAUUCUCUGUGUUUGGCCUUGGUUCUCGGGCAUACCCACACUUCUGCGCGUUUGCCCACGCAGUGGACACGCUGUUCGAGGAGCUCGGUGGGGAGCGAAUUCUCCGCAUGGGAGAAGGAGACGAACUCUGUGGCCAAGAGGAAUCCUUCAGAACAUGGGCUAAGAAGGUCUUCAAGGCUGCAUGUGAUGUUUUCUGCGUCGGUGACGACGUUAACAUCGAGAAAGCAAAUAAUUCCUUGAUUAGUAACGAUCGUAGCUGGAAGAAAAGCAAGUUCCGGAUGACAUACACGGUAGAGGCACCAACACUGACACAAGCGCUUUACAACAUUCAUAAGAAGAAAGUCUACGGGGCCAAAUUUGUUCAGAGACAAAACCUACAAAGUGCCAGAUCUAACCGAUUGACUAUAUUUGUGCGGCUUGAUGCCAACAACCACGAGAGCCUGAAAUACUUGCCUGGUGACCAUUUAGGCAUUUUUCCUGGCAACAAUGAAGAUCUAGUUACGACACUUAUUGACAAACUGGAGGAUGCUCCACCUGUCAAUCAAAUCGUAAAGGUGGAGUUCUUAGAGGAGAGAAACACGGCAUUGGGUGUGAUUAGUAACUGGACGGACGAGAGUCGUAUUCCGCCCUGUACCAUCUAUCAGGCUUUCAAAUACUUCCUGGACAUAACCACCCCUCCAAGCCCUGUACUACUGCAGCAGUUUGCUCCUCUAGCGACUAAUGAAAAGCAGAGGAAGAGACUGGAGGUGCUCAGCAAGGGUUUGCAGGAGUAUGAGGAGUGGAAGUGGUACAAUAACCCCACCAUAGUGGAAGUUCUGGAGGAGUUCCCAUCCCUUCAGAUCCCCUCCACUCUGCUCCUUACCCAGCUCCCCCUCCUACAGCCACGAUACUACUCCAUUAGCUCCUCUCCAGAUGUUUAUCCAGGAGAGAUCCACCUUACCGUGGCUGUGGUGUCCUAUCGCCCCAGAGAUGGAGAGGGUCCCGUACACCAUGGAGUGUGUUCCUCUUGGCUCAAUAGCUUGGACACAGAAGAGACCGUGCCAUGCUUCGUCAGAGGGGCUCCAACUUUCCGCAUGCCAAAAAACAGUCAGGUUCCAUGUAUUUUGAUUGGGCCAGGCACUGGAAUUGCUCCAUUUAGAAGCUUCUGGCAACAGAGACUAUAUGAAAUUGAAAAUAAGGGAAUCAAGGCGUGCCCUAUGAUCUUGGUUUUCGGCUGUCGGCAGUCGCAGAUUGACCAUAUUUACAAUGAAGAGACCAUCCAGGCCAAGAACAAGGAAGUGUUUAAAGAGCUUUACACCGCAUACUCCAGAGAGCCUGGGAGACCAAAGAAAUAUGUCCAGGACGUGCUUCGUGAGCAGCUGUCUGAAACAGUCUACAAGUCUUUGAGAGAAGAAGGAGGUCACAUCUACGUUUGUGGAGACGUUACCAUGGCUGGAGACGUACUGAAAACAGUCCAGCAGAUUUUCAAACUACACGGCAACAUGUCUUUGGAGGAUGCUGGCUUCUACAUCAGCAAACUAAGGGACGAGAAUCGGUACCAUGAGGACAUUUUCGGUGUCACCCUGCGCACUUACGAGGUCACCAACCGUCUAAGGUCGGAAUCUAUUGCAUUCAUCGAAGAAAGCAAAAAAGACUCGGAUGAGGUGUUUUGCUCAGUCUAAGUUUCCAUCCAUCUUGCUGGCUUUUGCUCAAAGGCUCCAAAAUCGGCCAAUGAGAAGCAUGAUGUGGUCAGCCACGAUAUAUGAAAACUGUGCCAAGUUUGUCUGUUGAUUUCUUAAACAGUUUCUUCUUUCCUUUUUUACUAAACUAUUUAAUGUUCUUCGCUCAUUUGUUGUGCAUAUCUAUGAUCAAAACCGGCAUUAUUAAGACAAGUACCUUUCACUUGAACACCUAAAUGCACUUUUUUGUGUCUUAAUGCUUUUGUCAUCAUUAUUGGCCUGCGUGUGCUCAGACAUGGCCUGCCUUUUUAAUGUUUAAGCAAGAUCAAUGGCUUUCCUGAUGUGCAAAUAUGCAUAGAUAUUGACUUCAAUAUUAUGAGAUAGAAAGUAUUUGGUUUGCCUCAAAUUUAGUGUUUGGGUUAGUGUGCACAUUAUGAUCACUUUGGAUUAAAGACUAAAUCUCUAUCUGAGUCAACAAAAUGUUGAGGAUGUGUUCAUUUUCACACUUGAGUCUUCUUUAAAGGUGAAGUGUAUAAUUUCUGCAGGGUUAUAGUGCCACCAAAUGAACUGACAUAAAUAAUGAUGUUUUAAAACAGGUUUCGUGAACACUUAUUAAUGGCGUACUUAACGUUCUCUCUCCAUAUUAAGCUGGGAUAGAACAAAGUGUUUUUACAUGGAAAUACAGAAUUUACCUUUAAAAGAACCCUACUCAGACCCCUUUAAGUGGACCAAAAAGUGAACUGAGUGAGAAAGAACCCAGUUCUCUUUGCGCUCCCACUCUCCCUGGCCUUAAAAGUGGGCUCAGAUCUCAUUUUGGUCCAUUUUAGUCCACUAUCCAUUCACACUGUUGUUAUUAUUAUUAUAUUAUUAUUAUUAUUAUUAUUAUUAUUAUUAUUAUUAUUAUUAAAUUGAUUAUUAGAAUAGUAGUAUGCAAAAAUAUAUCUCAGACCAUGUGAAAACACCCCAAGAUUAGACAUGGCAUUUGUACCAACAAUCAACAUUUUUCAACACAUAGUUGUUCAGCAUUCACCAACUUUAAAACAAAAAAUACUUUCUUAUUUCCAUUCUUCCUUUACUAAUUAUUAUUAUUAUUAUUUUUAUUUUUUUUGUGAUCGACUGAGAAUUAGUCUACAUAGAUGGGUUAGACCUGUACAAAACCACACUCUGUAUAUUAUCACUUCUAAAGAAAAGCCACACUGCUAAUUGACAGUGCAAUGGUAACCAUGCAUCUUAACGUGCUAAAGUGUCAUGCAAUUUGGUUAGAAAUCCUGUGAGGUUAUUGUAAAUAUCUGUCUUGUUAACAACCCUCAAUAGGGAGAAAAAGAUUAUGACAUUUUACAAUGGUAAUACUUGCAAGCAGUCUAAAGGUUAUAUCGGGAAGAUUUAUUGCAAAACACUUUUAGUGUGGCUUAAAUCAGCAUCUAUCAUGAACGUGUCAGGUCACGCUUGCCUUUUGCAACAUGGAAAAACCAUCCAGAAUUUUCCAUGAGCUUUUUUGACAUACGUAUCUUUUAAAGUCCCCUAUCACCUUCUCUCUUUCUCAAUUUCUCUUAAAAUGGCAGUGGCAAGCUCCUGAUUUUGAUGUCAAGUCACAGUAUUAACUGCAUACAGAUGGUGGCCAAAGGCUGUUUGAUUGUCAGGGGACAGCAAGCCCCAGUGACUCCACAUAGAAGUGUUUAAAGACUUAAAAAUACAGUAUGCCAGCCUUAUCAGUAAGUCAAACACUGAUUAUGACAAUAGAUGUAAAUUAAUUGUAAAUACAAUUGGUACAGUUGUGCUAAUUGUACAGUUACCCACACUUAAAUAUAAAUGUCAUUGUAUUGUAUCAAGUGGCAUCUGCAAACAGAUGAUGUUAGAGCUUUUCUCUUAAAACUAACUUUACUACACUUUGCCAUUUUUGCAAUUACUUUGAACCAUUUGGAUUAACCAAGGUCAUUUUAGUGGAUGUAUGAUGUCAGUUCCCCUCAGGUUCACACAAAUGUCCUAGCAGAGUGUCCACACUCUCAGAAAAAAAAGGUACUGUUUAAGGUACAAAGCCAUCACUGGGGCGGUAUCCUUGUUUUGGGUACAUAUUUGUACCCUUAACGAGAAAAAAAAGGCACUCUCAGAGGAAUAAAACAUAUAAAUGUACCUUUAAAGGUUCAUAAUAGACCCUUGGGGCAUUUUCACACCUGGCUCGUUUUGAGUAUUUGUUUCUGCACCUGGCGCGUUUUCUUCCUUAGUUCGGUUUGUUUAGGCAUAUGUGAACAUUCAGUCACACUCUGAUCCGCACCAAAAAUAUCAGUCUGAGACCACCGAGAGUUGGGCAGUCCAACAUAAUGGACCAAUGAACCAAAUAUGAAAACCACAAACAUACCUGAUGGAUCUUUGGAGAAGACAUCUGUAGGUCAGCACUUCACUGUAAUUUAUUAUCAAAGCACGUGCAGUAUAUAGCCUUCUGGCGACUAUAUUAGAUAUAGUAGCGUGUUUUAAAUAGGAGCUGUUUCAUAAUUACUGAGGUAAUUUUAGUACGAUCGCUUCUUGGAUAGCGGCAGAACCCAGGUAGGACGGCGUCAGCAACGUUUUGAAAGAUAAACAAAAAUUCAACAAAUAAAUAAUUUUCCAUAGCUUCACUCUUCUGUUUGUGUGUGUGUGCAUGCACACACACUCUGUGACUGUGAUAACAGGCACUUUUUAAUGUAUAUUCAAUGACGGAUAAAAAUAACCAUGAUAUAAAUUUUUACAACUCAUGUCAUCCGUGUCGGAUUAAGUGUAUUUGCAGCGCAGCCUCUGACUGGAACAUACAUUCUGUUUCAUGCGGUGAUAUUUUUCAUAAGCACGGCAUAAACAGUACUCGAAAAUUUGUAACGGUUGACACGUUUGUACAGAUAUAUCAUUUUAAGCUGUAUGUCAAAGGAUGCACUAAAUCUCUGAACAGAGCACAAACACUCUGACAGUGGUGUAGCCAGAAACAAGGCUUUGGGUGUGCCAAGUGAAAACUUGAUAUGCAAGAGAUGAAGCAUAUUAAUUUCUUUUCACCUCUAAAUUCUUUUUAGCUCUGUGUUACGUUAUAAUGACUUAACUAAACAAAUAAAUGGCAAUUUUAUAAGUGGAGUAGGUAAGCCUGUUAAUGUAUCUAAAUAUUAGGCUUCAUAUUUAGUCAUACAAUUCGAUGUCAUUAUUUUGGAAUGGUUCAAAAUUAUUUUCCACAAUUAUUUUAGGGAUGUUAUUGCAGGGAUGUUCGGUACAUGUGUGACUGGAAAUAUAACUAAAAAAUAAUGCUAAUGUUACAUUAAUUACUCAGCCAAAAUGAAAAGUAUGGUAACAUCAUGUCUGACUUGAUGCAAACUAACAAAUAGACGGUAAGUAGACUGUUGAAUAUGCUUAAUACAUUUUAAUAUAAUCUCAGAGGAACUGUAUUUAACCAAUAAUUGAAAUAUAAAGAAAAAAAUAUUUUUACAUCAAGCAGGGUCACAGAAUUAACAACUUAAGGUCGUAAGUCUAUAACACGUGUUAUGAACAAACAUCACGAGUAAAGGCGCAUCACUGUACCUUUUCAUGUGUUGUCUCCAAAUAUUCAAUAAAAACAUAAUAUAUCAUAAUUGGGGAAGCAAAGAACAACAGAGAGCUAACAGUAUUUUGCUCAUAUGGGAGCAUGCAAUUAUGAAUAAUGAUGCAGAAAUUCGAACUCCGUAGCAUAAACCUUCUUAGUUUAAAGUGCACGCUUUUUUCCUCAGUCUCAUGCUCCGCGUCUGUUGCGAGAGCACGCGUGUAAUCUGAGAAGGCCUCUGUAGUAUAGUCAUUACAGUCGAUUAUUAAACUCCGUAACUGAUGCAUCCAAGAUUCAGCAUUACUGUAUAUCAAUUGAUUUUUACAACACAACUUACAUUAUUAAUUGUCAAAAAGGUAUUUCAUUUGGGUGUGAAAGCUGAUGUUUUGGGUGGCAUAUGCACACCGUGGCACACCCGUGGCACACCCGUGGCUACGCCACUGAUAAGGGGACAGUUUGCUUACAGUACAUGUGACUUUUAUUAACACAGUUUUGGAACAAAUACAAAAAACAAGCUACAUGUCUGAAAAUGGUAUAAAGAGGUACCCCACAGCCUUUGUACAUUAAACAGUAGCCUACUUUUUUUUGAGAGUGCACAGGUGUUAUUCAUCACAUUCACCAUGGACAUGUUUAGCAUUCAGAAAGUGUAUAUUAUAUAACAUCUAAUAUAAUAAUAUAAUAUAAUGAAUAUAAUCUGUUCUUGUUUAAGCAAGUUCUUUUUGUGAAAUUCAUGGCUCUAAAAGUGUGACCUCUUUUUAUAAUAAAUGACACUUGACUUGAUAUUUUGUCAGCUAUUCAAUGGCAUUCAUUUUUAAGUGUGGCUUAUGUAUACAAAUACUUUACAAAGACCAGUUUAAAUUGAAGUACCUUAGAACAAUAAAGGCAGUGUCAUCCUAUGUUUCAGUGGUGACAUUUUAAAAUCAAUAAAAGCGUAAUUCAAAUAAUGUUGGUUGGAUUUUUGAGACUGAUAAAAUUUAGAAGAGCCCACUCUCAAAUAUUAAUCGUUCUGCAUUUGUCAAGCUGACUGUAUGAAAAGACUUUUGAGGGAUCUAUAAAAGUCACAAAAAUCUCACUGGUUCUUUGGCUUUCAGGCAACAAUCUUUUUAUGAAACAUCUUUGAAACUCUGAACGUCAGUAUCCAGAAUGUAUUGACAAAAACGAGAGGUUGUACACCUGUUAGCUUCAUUCAACUUUAUUUUUGUUGUCUGUAUUUUGUACUAAAGGUUGAACACUUGCAAAUGUAAUUGCUGAUUCUUACAAAGAGCAAAAAAAUAAAAAAAUUAUCAAUGCAACACAUAGGUUAUCUUUUGUAUGCAAUGCCUUUAAAAAGUAUAGUCUUUCUGGGACUGAGUCAUUUAAGAAGGGUCAGUUUUUUGCUUCCUAGCUUGCUUUGGAUUUGCUUUGAAUCCUUUUAAUUUUUGAGUUUGUGUGGCCUCUGGCAUGAAAAAUAUUGCGUGGAGUUAUUCCAUUUUGAGACAAUGUAUUUUCUGUUGGCUUUCUGUGGGAGAGUAUUCUUGUUCUAUUUACACUGUUAACACUGAAUGUUGCCCUCCCUCGAUUUGGGUUUUGCACCGUUUCAACUCUGUGAAAGAAGUGCAGCAAAAAAAUUUAAAUAAUCACACACAUGCAUAUGUUUAAAGGUACAGUAAAUAUCUAAAUAUUAUAUGUAUGAGAUUUUUUUAAGAAUGUAUUUUGAUUAUGGAUAUUGAUUUUGUUUCGUCCAUCUGAGUUGCUUGUAAUAUAUUAACGUGAAUAUAAUGUCUGAUCUUUCCUAUUGGUUGGAUUAUACUGAAUGCAUGAUGUCACCAUGUCCUGUUUUGCUCUAAACCUCCACUGUGUCGGUUUAACGGUUGUGAACACAUCAUUCCUCUGUGGCUGGACGGAGAAGAGUUUACGGAAUUUUAUUUUAUUUUUAUUUGUGUUCGUCCUUUGCUGCUGCUAACAGAAACUGUUCCGAUCAAUCUCCGCUGUGAGUCUUCUAUUGUAGAACUUCGAAACAUGAAAACAUUUGCCACUUUAAUGCAUAUACUGCGAAGACUUUGCAUCUACUUAAUAAAAAACAU